AUGUCCUCUAAGCGCAAAACAAGGGCUUCUACCGAGGCUACCUCCUCCGCCAAACGCCUCACCCGAUCCUCCUCCAUCAUUUUGACUUCCACUCCUACUCCCUCCUCCACCAGACGCCUCAUCCGAUCCUCCUCCACCACUUUGACUUCCACCCAUACUCCCUCCUCCACCAAACGCCUCACCCGAUCCUCCUCCACUACUUCGACUUCCACCCCUACUCCCUCCUCCACCAAACGCCUCACCCGAUCCUCCUCCACUACUUCGACUUCCACUCCUACUCCCUCCAAGUUUAAGCGUGAAAAUGUCAUUGAGUCUUUCUCUCCUGUCAAGGAAGAGCCUAUGGAAGUCAUUGAGUCUUUCUCUCUUGUCAAAGAAGAGCAUGUGGAAGUCGCUCCAUCAACGCCUGAUAGCGAAAUAUCUAACGCUAAAUUCAUUGGAGAUCCUAUUCCUUACGAGGAAGCUCGGCGGCGAUGGCCCAAACGGUAUCAGGAUAAGAAUAAGUCAUCUGCGUUGUCAAAAUCAAACAGAAAUGAAGAUGACGAGGAAAUUCAUCAUGCACGAUGUCAUUACAAUCAGGCAGAAGUAGAUGGAUGUACCAUUUACAAACUUUACGAUGAUGCACAUGUUAAAGCAGAGGAAGGAGAUGACAACUACAUUUGUAAAAUUGUUGAACUGUUUGAGGCCAUUGACGGGACACUGUAUUUUACUGCACAAUGGUACUAUAGGGCAAAAGACACUGUCAUAAAAAAACUUGCAUAUCUUAUUGAACCGAAACGAGUUUUCUUUUCUGAAGUUCAAGAUGAUAAUCCAUUGGAUUGUCUAGUUGAAAAGCUGAACAUUGCCAGAUUACCGUUAAAUAUAGAUUUAGAUGCAAAGAAGGAAACCAUUCCACCUUGUGAUUACUAUUGUGAUACACAAUAUCUUCUCCCAUACUCCACAUUUGUUAACUUACCAUCAGAAAAUGGUGAAGCUUGUAGUGAAAAUUGUUCUACAAUAUCUUGUGAUACUAAUGGAGUUGGAAAAUCUGAGGUGAACUCCCAAUCUAAGAAGCAUGCUUACCUUCAGGAUGAAAGUAAAGAUCUGGAGAUGAGGGUCCUUGAUUUAUAUUGUGGUUGUGGAGCAAUGUCAACCGGUUUGUGCCUUGGUGGAGAUUUAUCUGGCGUGAAUCUUGUUACUAGAUGGGCAGUGGACUUGAAUAAAUAUGCUUGUGAAUGUAUUCAAUUAAACCAUCCUGAAACAGAGGUUAGAAAUGAAUCAGCCGAAAGUUUUCUUUCAUUACUGAAGGAGUGGCAGGAAUUAUGCAGUUACAUCUCUCUGAUUGAAAACCAGGUGUCACAUAAGAAAUAUGUGAAUUUUUUUCGUGAAGAGGAUGAUGACACUGAAAAGGUUAACGAUGAAGAAACUGAUGAUGAUGAAGACGAAGAAAUAUUUGAAGUUUCUAAAAUCGUUGCUAUCUGCUAUGGUGAUCCAAAUAAGAAAAACGAGCAAGGAUUAUACUUCAAGGUUCAUUGGAAGGGUUACGGUCCUGAUGCGGAUUCUUGGGAACCAAUUGAAGGUCUAAGUAAUUGCAAGGACAAAAUUAAGGAAUUUGUCAUUCAAGGCUUCAAGUCAAAGAUACUGCCUUUACCAGGAGAUGUUGAUGUCAUAUGUGGUGGACCUCCUUGCCAAGGAAUUAGUGGUUUCAAUAGGUUCCGAAACAAAGAGAACCCUUUGGAUGAUGAGAAGAACAAACAACUAGUUGUUUUUAUGGAUAUUGUUCAAUAUCUUAAGCCCAAAUUUGUAUUAAUGGAAAAUGUGGUGGAUAUAGUAAAAUUUGCGGAAGGCUUUCUGGGGAGAUAUGCCCUGGGUCGCCUCCUUCAAAUGAACUAUCAAGCGCGUCUGGGAAUUAUGGCUGCAGGUGCUUAUGGGCUUCCUCAGUUCCGUUUGCGUGUGUUCUUAUGGGGGGCUGUACCUUCGCAGAAGUUGCCUCAAUUCCCACUCCCAACUCAUGAUGUUAUUUUGAGGGGUGUUAUUCCUUUGGAGUUUGAGACAAACACAGUAGCUUACGAUGAGGGACAUAAAGUUCAACUACUGAAAAAACUUUUAUUGCAGGAUGCUAUUUCUGACCUUCCUCCGGUUCAGAAUAAUGAAUGUCGUGAUGAAAUAAAAUACGACAAACCUGCUGAAACGGAGUUCCAACAAUUCAUUAGAUCAAGCAAACAUGAAAUGUUGGGAAUUCAAAGUAGAACAAAAUCCUCCAAGGCUUUGCUUUAUGAUCAUCGUCCACUAGAACUGAAUGCGGAUGAUUUUCAGCGUGUGUGUAGGAUCCCCAAAAAGAAGGGUGCAUGCUUCAGAGAUUUACCAGGUGUUCUUGUGGGAGUUAAUAACAAGGUUGAAUGGGAUCCUGAUGUGGAACGUGUAUAUUUGGAUUCCGGAAAACCAUUGGUUCCAGAUUAUGCCAUGUCUUUUGUGAAUGGAACUUCAUCAAAACCUUUUGGUCGGUUAUGGUGGGAUGAAACUGUUCCAACUGUUGUGACAAGAGCAGAACCUCACAGUCAGGCAAUUUUACACCCAGAACAAGAUAGAGUGUUGACAAUUCGUGAAAAUGCCCGACUCCAAGGUUUUCCAGAUUACUACAAAUUGUGUGGAACAGUCAAAGAGAGGUACAUUCAAGUUGGGAAUGCAGUGGCAGUUCCAGUAGCUCGAGCUCUAGGAUACACUUUAGGGCUUGCAUUUCAAGGUUCUACUACAAGUGAUGGACCACUGUAUAAAUUACCUGAUAAGUUUCCCAUGAUUAGGGAACGAGUUUCUUCUGAAUCAGAGAGAGUUGCCAGGGAACAAGGAAAACUUCAGAAAACAGAUUAA